GCGCCGCCGCAGUCAGUCGGUCGUCCAGCGGACCCCAACGAGAACGGGCUCUUCUUCAAUGGCUCCGACUAAAGCUAGGAGCGGUUUGACAGUUUAGGGUGCCGGCUAUGGAGCGGGCUGGUCAAAUUUAACACCGGACGCCGUUUAGUGGGUUUUGUAACGCAUAUAUAGAUAUGUUUUGAUUUGUUGUUUUGUUUAUUUUCUACACGUAUCGGCCUACAUUAAAAAGGAGCACGUGACCCAAACAGUUAAAAGCUGCGUUGGCGACGGAUGUCCUGGAGAACGGAUGCGUGAGGACAUGUCCACCAUGGUGUGUAUGAAGGAGGAGCAGGACCUCGGGGAGAAGCUGUCCCAGGAUGAGAUCAUCUCCAGGACCAAGCAGGUGAUCCAGGGCCUGGAGGCCCUGAAGCAGGAGCACCACUCCAUCCUGGAUGGGCUGCUGGGCUCUCUGCGCUGCCUGAAGCAGGAGCAUGAGGAGGAGGUGCUGAUGGAGGAGAAGUCCCUCAUGAUCCGCAGGUCCAUGGAGAUGCUGGAGCUGGGACUCAGCGAGGCUCAGGUGAUGAUGGCGCUGUCCAGCCAUCUGAGCUCCGUGGAGUCGGAGAAGCAGAAGCUGCGGGCCCAGGUGCGCCGGCUGUGCCAGGAGAACCAGUGGCUGAGGGACGAGCUGGCCGGCACGCAGCAAAAGCUGCAGAAGAGCGAGCAGAGCGUGGCCCAGCUGGAGGAGGAGAAGAAGCACCUGGAGUUCAUGAACCAGCUCAAGAAGUACGACGAGGACCUGUCCCCAUCGGGGGAGAAGGACUCUGAUUCCAGGAAAGAGACUCUAGAUGACCUCUUCCCAGAUGACCAGGACGACCAACCGCCAGGCAUCCAGCCGACCCCCGGCAGUGCAGCGGCGGCGGCGGCCCAGCAAGGGGGCUAUGAGAUCCCGGCCCGCCUGAGGACCCUCCACAACCUGGUGAUCCAGUACGCGUCCCAGGGCCGCUACGAGGUGGCGGUGCCGCUCUGCAAGCAGGCCCUGGAGGACCUGGAGAAGACCUCGGGGCACGACCACCCCGACGUGGCCACCAUGCUCAACAUCCUGGCCUUGGUGUACAGGGACCAGAACAAAUACAAGGAGGCGGCCAACCUGCUGAACGACGCUCUGGCCAUCAGGGAGAAGACGCUGGGCCGGGACCAUCCAGCUGUCGCCGCCACCCUCAACAACCUGGCUGUCCUGUACGGGAAGAGGGGGAAGUACAAGGAGGCGGAGCCUCUGUGCAAGAGAGCGCUGGAGAUCAGAGAAAAGGUGCUGGGUAAGGAGCACCCCGACGUGGCCAAGCAGCUGAACAACCUGGCCCUGCUGUGUCAGAACCAGGGCAAGUACGAGGAGGUGGAGUACUACUACAUGAGGGCCCUGGAGAUCUACCAGAGCAAACUGGGCCCCGAUGACCCCAACGUGGCCAAGACCAAGAACAACCUGGCCUCCUGCUACCUAAAGCAGGGGAAGUUCAAGCAGGCGGAGACGCUCUACAAAGAAAUACUGACCAGAGCUCAUGAGAGAGAGUUUGGCUCUGUGGAUGAUGAGAACAAGCCCAUCUGGAUGCACGCUGAAGAGCGAGAGGAGCAGAGCAAGGGGAAGCAGAAGGAAGGCUCCUCCUUCGGUGAAUAUGGAGGCUGGUACAAGGCCUGCAAAGUGGACAGCCCCACGGUGACCACCACCCUUAAGAACCUCGGCGCCCUCUACAAGCGGCAGGGCAAGUUCGAGGCGGCCGAAACUCUGGAGGAGGCCGCCAUGCGCUCCAGGAAGCAGGGCCUGGACUCCGUCCAUAAGCAGCGCGUGGUGGAGGUCCUCAGUGAGUCCCGUGAGAGCUUGACCUCUGACACGGUGAAGUACGAGAGCGGGCCAGACGGCGGCGAGGAAGUGAGUAUGAGCGUGGAGUGGAACGGGGACGGCUCCCUCAAGAGAAGCGGUUCCUUCAGUAAACUUCGGGCGUCGAUCCGCCGCAGCAGCGAGAAGCUCGUCCGUAAGCUAAAGGGCUCGAGCCGGGACAGCGAGCCCAAGAACCCGGGCAUGAAGCGGGCCAGCUCUCUGGGGGUCCUCAACGUGGCCGACCACCAAACCGCCGGCGACCUCCACCAAGAACAAAAUAAUCGUCUGGGGAAAAGUCGCGACCUGAGCGCCAGUCACAGCGACCUGGCGCACUGAAGGUCGAGGAGGUGGGGGCGGAGCCUGAGAGGUCACUUCCUGUACAGACCCCGCCCCUUCCGGGUCAACAGCUCCUUAAAUCAGCUUCAUACCACCAAGUGUGUACGUGCGUGUGUGUGUUUGUUAAUUAAGCAAAGUGAUAUUUGGGAAACACGCAUUAAUUAACCUUAAUUGAGACAACGAGUCUGUUUCUAGAAGGAUCCGUCUUGUGUUUUUAGUUUGUUUCUGAAUGAAGUUCAAUGUUUACAUUUGUUUUUUGUUGUAAAUUAUGUUUUUAUUAUUUGUUGUCCUCACGCUGCCUGAAGAGCUUUUCUUAAUAUCUUCCUGAAUAAUACAUUUUUAAAAGCCUUGAGAAUCGUCUUCUUCAACGUUGAAAGAGUUAAAAUAAUAAAUAAGUUUAUAUAUGUGUUUUUUUCAAAAAAUACUUUGAGAAACUUUUAAAUACGGAAAAAUACGUUAAAACACAUUAAGAUACAUUCAAAUUCAGUAGUAGCCUACAUUAAAGAAUAGAAUUAAAGCGACUUUACGUUUACACGUGAACGGAGAAAUAAUAAAACGUUUAUCGUGAUGUUUAUCGUGACGUUAACGUGACGUUUUUCAUAACGUUUUACGUCACGUGUAUCAAAACGUUUAUUGUAACGUUUAUCGUGACGUUUUUCGUCAUGUUUAUCGUAACGUUUAUCGUUCGUUUUUCGUAAUGAAAUGAAUGAAUAUGAAGGAAAUAAUUUAAUGAAUAGAAUGAAGAAUUUAAUGAAGUCCAAAACUUUAUUUAAAACCAAACCACUCGAUUAAAGAUGAAUUUAUGUAAAUAAAGAAGCUGAAGAGAGAUUUGACUUCUCGGCAAUAAUUUGAUCAAAAUGAUUUUUUUAUUUUUAAAUGUUUAAUAUUCUAGCUUCUUAUUUGUUGACGUGUGUUGAAGCUUCUUGUUGACUGUUGAUCAGUCUUCUUUAACACAUUGUUGUCUUGUUGUUGUCUUGUUGCUGUCUUGUUGUUCCACAAAGUAACGAGGCACAUUGCCUGCUGCUUCUCGGUGAACCGGCAACAUUUAGGGCAACAAUUAGGGCAACCUUAGACAUUUAGGGCAAUGAUAGAGAUUUAGGGCAAUGUUACAGAUUUAGCGCAACAUUAAAUCGGCAACACCUUCAGGAACUGACAAGUGUUGUGAAGACGUGAUUUAAUUAAUUAAUUUAAAAUGAUUAGUUUCAAAACGGAAGCAAAGAAAUACAAAAAUAUGGAUGGAAAAAACAUCUUUAAAUGUUAUAAAUUUAUAAAAUUUCCCAGUUUUGACUACAUUUUAUAAUAUAGGUGAAAUUGCUUUAGAAGAUAAAAAUUAUUUUCACCUUUUGUUUUGCUUCCGUACUUAUUUGAUCAAAUGGACCGUUUGGGCUAAAAGAAAAAAAAUAUAUAUAUUUUUUUAUUUGAAAAGAUUUGAAAGCAUUUAAAAAUUAGCUCUCAACAAGAAAUCUUGGAGUUAUAAAAAAUGAUCCAUCAUCUGUUUUUCAUCUUAAAUAUUUCUUGUGUUUUCACUUUUGUUUACUAAUAAACAAACACGACUUUUCUGAGGACGUGAAUGUACAUUUAAAAGCUUUAAGGAAUUACAGAAGUUAUGUAACUUUAUGUGUGAAAGCAGUGAAGGUAAAUAAAGUGAAGUCAGGCGUUUAUUUUGUAUUUUAAAGGUCAACACACAACCUUUAUCGUAUAUAUCAAUAUUAAUAUAACUUUUCCCUUCUUACACAAGCGAGUAAUUACAUCAUAUUUAAUGUUAAGUUAUAUUUAGUUUGAGAGAAUGUGACAAUAUGAGCAGGUGGUUGAGGACGUUCAUAUUUUCUUUAAUGAUUGAUCUGACGAUUAUGAUUUUGAUAAAAAUCCAUUAAAAAAAUAAGAAUUUGUAAAAAAUAUAUUUUUUAAUUACAAAUGUUUCAAAAAAAUCAAUUAUCACAAAAUUAAUUAUCAAUGAUCAAAUAAUUAAAAGGUCAAAAAAUAUAUUUUUUAUGAAAUUAUUCGACACGAAAUUGUUAAAAAAAAUAAUUAAAUAAGUAAAUUUAAUAAAUUAUUACAUGAAUAAAUAUGUCGUCAGAAUAGUUGCUGAAUCAUUUUCAACUAAUAUGUCUGCAGCUCUUCAAGUAAUAAUUAAUUAAUUGGUCAUAUUUUACUCAUCAACACGACUAUCAAGCACAAAGAAAAGUAAUAUUCUCAGUUAUGAACAUUAGAUAGAUAUAUAUACGAGAUAAUUAAAUGUGACAUCGAGGCUUUAACAUUUUUUUUUAUGAAAACAUUCCCUCCGUCCGGUUUUUAAAAUUUACUUUUUAUUUUAUUUAGGGGCACGCGACACAACAUUGAAUGUCUUGUUGUCCUCCAUUGUUUUGUUUUUUAUUCUUUUGUGUGUGAGAUCAAAUAAUUAUAAGGAUGGAAAUUGUUCCUGGAUGAAAACUGGCACAUUGUUUAGAGUAAUAAACAGAAAUAUCUAAACGUGUUCAACAAAGACUUCAAACUGAUGUUGUAGAUUUCAUGUUUCAAUAAAAACUCAUGAUGUUU